AUGAACCUCGGUGGCUUCCUAUGCAUUCAGAAAGUCUCGCCGUUCGAGCUAUGCAUCAGAGCCAGAAAUGUUCCACUUCAUGGCUCUUUUUACGAUUUGCUGUUUCACAAUUGUCAGCUAUUCCUGGUCCAACUCCUCUGCGACGAAUUUCGGGUGCCCGUGGAAGAGCUACCGCCGACUGUUGGAUCCGUGGCGGCGGGUCCUUUGCUGCUUCUACUGGAACUCGUCUUCCUCGGUCUGUACUACACGCUGCAUCGCUGGUCCCCUUGGGCGGCUGCCGUAGCUGCCGUGCCCUGGAUAUCUGCGGAGAUGUACUGCACAUCAAGAUACCGUGGAGUUUCAUGCCAUCAGCGCGAUUGCAAUUUAGCUUGCACGUCGGCUUGUUUUCACCAGGUGGCUACAUUUAUCGAGCAGGGAUUCGUUGCUGGCAUUCUCGGCACGUUUGCUAUUUGUCCAGCCAUUCUGUUUGGCCAGCCCAUCCAAUCAAGCCUUCCGGUCUUCAGCCUUUGGUGGGACAUUUGCCUGGUGCACGAGUCGAUGCUGGCAAACAAGGUGUACAGGAAUCAGCGUCUCACUUUGCUGAACGCCUCCCUCGUCCUCUUUGCACUGAGCAUCGUGGGUCUUCUGCAGUGGUUGAAUGGCUGGCCCGUCCAAGAAGCUUUUGUUGUGCUUGCAGUCGUGAUCUUUGCUAUUAUCUGCGGCUUCGCCUCUUCGGCAGCUCCUCAGCACGAAGAGUUGGAGCUUGAGAGCGAGGGUGACUUUGACCUUGCCAGUGUUGGAUUAUCUUCGGCAACAUAG